AUGCAGUUAGCUACUGUGUUGUCGUGGUUGUUGACCAAAAUCAAGGGGCUUUCAACAAGUCGUUCCAUUGCUCAUAAUAUAAUGAUUCUUCAGGAUCUUAUCAAAAACUAUGGAAGGAAAUCUAUCACCCCUCGGUGUGCUAUCAAAGUUGACUUGAGUAAAGCUUAUGAUACAGUUGAUUGGGGGUUCUUGGAAGACAUUCAGGAAGCUCUUUGUUUUCUGACUAAGUUCAUUGGCUGGAUCAUGAACUGUUUGAGAAGCACAAGCUACCUUUUGAUGAUUAAUGGCAGGAUUCAAGGAAAGUUUUUGGGAAAGAAAGGUGUUCGCUAA